GCAGAGGUUGGGGUAUAAAGGCAGAGCAAGGGAGGGGAAGCAUCAAGCCAGCCUCACAUCGCUGAAGGAUUACAUAGAAAACAGGAGGAGGAAACUCGUGCUUCCAGAACACACCCAGGCCACAACCAUUACAAGCAGCCAUGUCUGCAAAGGUCUAUAAGAAAACCAGCCCCAACAGCAAGCUCUCUCUGUACUUGGGAAAGAGAGAUUUUGUAGACAAUGUGGAUUCGGUCGAGGAAGUUGAUGGGAUGGUGCUGUUGGACCCAGAGUACCUCAAGGACAGGAAAGUGUACGUGUCGCUGACCUGUGCAUUCCGCUACGGGAGAGAUGACCUGGAAGUGUAUGGGCUGUCGUUCAGGAAGGACAUCUACCUGCACACCGUGCAGGUGUACCCGCCCACCGGAGAGGAGAAGAAACCCCAAACCCACUUGCAGCAGCAGCUGGUCAAGAAACUGGGCGAGUACGCCUACCCCUUCAACAUCACGAUACCAACUAACCUGCCCUGCUCAGUCACCCUGCAGCCCGGUCCUGACGAUGUUGGCAAGUCCUGUGGGGUCGACUUUGAGGUCAAGGCGUUCUGCGCGGACAACCUGGAGGAAAAAAUUCACAAAAGGAAUUCAGUGAGGCUCAUCAUUCGGAAGGUGCAGUUCGCUCCCACCAACACAGGGGAGGCGCCAAAGGCAGAGACUGUGAAGCAGUUCAUGAUGUCGGACAAGCCCCUCCAUCUGGAGGCUUCUUUGGACAAGGAGAUCUACUACCAUGGCGAGACCAUCCACGUGAAUGUGAAAAUCACCAACAACACCAACAAGAUUGUCAAGAAAGUCAAACUGUCGAUUGACCAGGUGACAGACAUCGUGCUGUACUCCCUGGAUAAAUACUCCAAGACCGUGCUGUCAGAGGAAUUUGCUGACAAUGUGAAUGCUAACUCCACCUUCACCAAGGUGUACAGCAUCCUGCCCCAGCUCUCCGGCAACCGGGAGAAGCGCGGCCUGGCGCUGGAUGGCAAGCUGAAGCACCAGGACACCAACCUGGCAUCAACCACCAUACUGCAGCCCGGAAUAGAUAAGGAAGUAUUGGGAAUCCUAGUGUCCUACAAGCUGAAGCUCAACCUGAUGGUGUCCCGAGGAGGCAUCUUGGGAGACCUCACUGCCAGUGAUGUUGCAGUGGAGAUUCCCUUUACUCUGAUGCACCCCAAGCCCAGCGAAAGCAUCAGCCAGGAAGACAUUGUGAUCGAGGAGUUUGCCCGUCAAAAUCUGCAAGGAGAGAAGGAUGAUGAAGAGGAGACAGAGGAGACAGAGGAGAAAGAAGAGGAGGCCUAAGCAGCAAGCCCUGUCAGAACCAGGCCAGACGGGUGGACAUACAAAAAGACAGACAGAUGGACACUCCUGGACAGACCACAGCAGCUUUUUGGCCCAAGUUACAAAGUGUUCCGAACAUGCAAACAAUGCUCAGUUCCUAAAUUGUAAAAUAAUAAAGUUAAAUUCCAGGUGCAGAUCACCUUACUUGUUUAUUGGCAGUAUGGUUUAUUCCAAUGAGAUUUUGACAUAGCUUGCAUUGACCCCUAGUGUCAAUUAAUUCACUGUCCACCCCUAGCACCAAGCCCUAAAGAAGCCCAGAGCAGUGUGGUCAAAAGGAAUCUGUGGACAAUGGAACAAAGGGACGUGCAAAGGGUUGUCUGUUCACCCUUCAGUAUCCAACCCACAUAGUUUGCUUUCAGAUUGUAGCCAUUUCUGGUUUUGUGUCAUGUUCAGUAAUAGUAACAACACAACAACGGUGACGUCAGUCUAUCUAGCAGAAUACAGCUGGCAGCACAUUUAUUAGUAUUUCUAUACUGGGAAGUCUAGUUGCUUCAGUACACAGUGAAUGCUCCCCUGCAUUUUGAACGAGGGUCCUGUAAUGGUCGAGCUGUAAUUAGAAUGUGCCUCACUCUUUUAGGGUUACGGAAUUCAUUUUGGAAGAGACAGCUUUAUUUGGUUCGUGUGUGAAUGUGCAGAACUGUGGAGACGAAUAAAGCUAGUAAAACUCUUAA